CAGCGCAGCAGCGUCAUGGGGCGUCCAUCCUGUUAAAGGGAAACCUAUAUCCUCAGCCUGCUCAGCAGAUAACCUCAAAUAACUCAGUGUGGACACACAGGACACUAUACCACUGCUAUCCCACUGCUGCUGGGGAGGAACCACUCACCCUCUGACACUCAGUAUCCGGAUACUUGACUGAAAAUGCUCCUCUUGUUGCUUGGGAUCAUCAUCCUCCAUGUGGCCGUCCUGGUCCUGCUGUUCGUCUCCACCAUCGUCAGCAGCUGGCUCGUAAGCAAUGGCUACUCUGCGGAUUUGUGGCAGAAUUGCAGCGAAGGAGCCAGCAGUACCUGGAAUUGUCUCUCCUCCUCUAACAAUGAGUGGCUCCAGUCUGUCCAGGCGAUGAUGAUCCUCUCCAUAAUCUUCAGCGUCCUCUCCCUGUUUCUCUUUUUCUGCCAACUCUUCACUCUUACAAAAGGUGGACGAUUCUACCUCACCGGCAUCUUCCAGCUCCUUGCAGGUAUAUGCGUGGUGGCUGGGGCAUCCAUCUUUACCGUUCGACACACGGAUUGGCAUAGGGAUACGGUCAGCUUUGGAUAUGCCUACAUCCUGGCGUGGGUAGCCUUUCCGCUCGCCAUCAUCAGCGGCAUCAUCUAUGUCAUCUUGAGAAAGCGGGAAUAAUGAUUCAUACGCCAUCACGACUAGGAAAAACUCUAUGUAAAAAAGUCUAAAGGGGAUCCUAAAAACACACAAAAAAAUUACAUUUGAAACAAAAAAAUUUCAAACCCCCCCUCACCCAAAAAGAGAGAGAGCAUGGUGAGGGCGGGUUCCUGUAUUAAUUGAAGAUGUAAAUAGUAUCUAUGGUUUAAAAACCUAUUUAUAACACUUUUUACAUAUAUGUACAUAGUAUUGUUUGCUUAUUUUGACCUGUAGCCUAAAAAAAAAAAAAAAAAAAAUUGAGAAAAAGAUUUUUUAAUGUCUGCUGCAAAUUUUUUUGUAGGUGGACAGCAUCAACCCAAAAACAUUUCAAUUUGUGUGCCUUAAGAAAAACAUACCACCAGUCUUAAUCCAGAUCAGUGACUACCCCUUGCUCGUAAGAAAAAGCCAUUUGCAAAUUUUUGCGUUUGAGAAAAACAUGGCUUCCAUGCCAGGUUCAAAAUGGCCGACGCUAGAACUUAAAAGAGAGGUGUUCAUAGCGGAAAUGGCCGUCUUGAGGUUUAUUCUCCAGAGCAGUUAAGUGUCCUUUGGGUCCGUACAAAAAGAGAGAGGAUGAGGACCCAACUGGAACUUAUCAAGGGGGUGAGAGCCGUAGCCCGGCGGUCAGUACGCCCUAACGGAAUGGGCAAUGAGGCUGGGCCAGCGACAGGGUCACGUUUUCAAAAUGCCAUUUUACUAUUGCACUGAGACAACACCAAAGUACUGUGGAAGUUAUUGCUUUGUAGGACAAUCGAAAUUUUUGAAUUUGAUAAUUUUUUGGGGCAUUUUGGAGAAAGCAAUAACGCAAUGAAGUCGAAGAUUUUGAGGCAUACAAACAACCAAAGUUCCUAAUUUUUGCUUCAGCUUGAUUGCAUUAUUGCUUUCUAUCGUAUUUUAUUUUUUGUAUUUAAAGCUUUGCUUUGUGGCCAAGUUUGAACCGACCCUACACUGCCAGCGGAGCCUGCGAUUCUUUGCAGAGCCAGAAAGUGGGAGGGACUUUACCAUCCGAACGUGUGUGUGCGCAUGUGUACCUGUCUCAAAACGUAAAAUUUAGGAAGUGGAAAAAGGACAGUCUAUGUAUAUUUUUAUUUUAACCAAAUGUGCAUGUAUUAUACAUAUUAGAAAUAUAGCUAUAAAACAAGGUAGACAACUAUUUUACCAAAUCUUUUGCUUCUAGAAAAUAAAAUUAAUAAAAAUAAUAGAGAAUUUUAGAUAAUUGAAUCCUGACUGAAAUUAGAAAUAGAUUCACUCCGUGUAAUUUAACGUGGGAAAAAAAGUGGUGCUAUGAUAAUUUUUAUUUUUUGACCAUUCCUUCUACUUUAACCUCUGCAUUAACUGCUGACCCAGUAACGUUUGUAGUUGUUUUCAGUUUUUUUUCCUGUUUUUGUUAUUUUUAGAAUAAAACCAUUGAAACUAUGUCUAGUACUCUAAAUUUCAGGUCUAUGUGAACAGUUAAUAAAAAAUGGCUGCUUAGACAUCUGCUAAA